GGUGCAGCCAUGCAGGAAAGCAUCCGUUUUGCUUCAGCAGGAGAUGAUGAUGUUAAAAUAUGGGACUCCUCAUCUAUAACUGUAGUAGAGCAGUUCAGCCCACAUACUGCCUCACAUCCAGUGAGCUCUGUGUGCUGGGGCAGCAAUAAUAACUUUCUGGUCACUGCUUCUGCUCUUGGUGAUAAAAUAGUGAUUUCCAAUUGUAAAGGUAAACCAGUCCCACUCUUUGAACUAGCUGAAGGGGCAAAACAAACAUGUGUAAGUCUGAGUUCCAAUUCAAUGUAUAUUGCAAGUGGAGGCAUAGAUAGCACGGUCAAUAUCUGGGAUUUAAAGUACCGAAAGCUUUACCGAUCUCUUAAGGAUCACAGAGAUGAAAUAACUUGUGUAACAUUUAAUUGGAAUGAUUACUACAUUGCUUCAGGGUCCAUGAGUGGUGAAAUUAUCCUACAUAGUCUUACUAAAAAUUUAUCCAGCACUCCAUUUGGACAUGGCAGCACUCAGCCCAUUCGGCACUUGAAAUAUUCCCCCUUUAGAAAGGCUUUGUUGGGCAGUGUCUCUGACAGUGGGACUGUCACUCUGUGGGAUGUAAACAGUCAGAGCUCAUAUCAUAACUUUGAAAAUGCUCAUAAAGCUCCCGCCUAUGAAAUUUGUUUUUCCCCAAUCAGUGAGCUGCUCCUUGUAACUGUAGGUCUGGAUAAAAGAAUAAUUCUGUAUGACACUGCAAGUAAAAAGCAGUUGAGGACAUUGGUAGCAGAAUCUCCUCUGACUGCUGUAGACUUCAUGCCUGAAGGAACUACCCUUGCAAUUGGAUCGUCUCGUGGAAAGAUUUACCAUUACGAUCUUAGAAAACUGACAGCACCUGUGAAGUCAGUCAGUGCUCACAAAACCUCUGUGAAAUGUAUAGCACUGCAAUGCUGUAGUAGCUUGCCAAAGUCUAGUCUUAAAACAUCUUCAAAUAAACAGGUGAACAAAAGAUCUGAUAUCAAAAUGGCAAGUAGCAAUGCAGGAAAUCAGAAUGCUGGUAUGAUUACCUCAGAUAUACCUGCUACAUUCUUGCCCCAAUCUAUGCCAGUGGUGGAGAGUAAAGGAACAGAUACCAUUCAGGAUAAAUCAGGAGUUCCUCGCAGCAGCAGUUUGGAUGUAAUUCCUUCCAAAGAAAUUGAUCAUGGGAAUACUUCUAACGUAACUAAUUUUGAAGAUUUAGGGAGAAAUAGUUUAGGUGACUUAUUUUCUCCACUUCGAGAUGAUGUUGCAGCUUGUAAAACAAGUGAAGAUGCUCCAGGAAAGGGUGAUGGUUUGGAUUUUCAGUCUUACCUUUCAAGUUUGGAUUUUCUUUCUCACUUCAACAUGUUUCCUUCAAGAAAAAACCCAGCAGGGUCUGCCUCGCAAGUAGUGCAUUCUAGUCCACUUAAUGUGUUUGUUGGCUCACCUAUUAAAGAGGAGGAUGAGAAUCCAAAUCUGAAUCUUGAUGCUAGGAAAUCAAAUCAUGGAAGACAGGAGUUGAGAGAACACUUGAAACAGUUGAGCUCCUCGAGUGCUGAUUCUGGAAGUCUAAAUACUCCCCCACUGGUGAAUACAGUCAAGAGUCCUGAUUCCAGAGAGAGAUUUAGUAAGAACAUUCAGGGACAACUGACAUACGAAUCACCCACGAAUGGUACUACCUCAGCAAGUCCAAAGAUAACUUCUACAGUAACUGCAGGAGUUGCGAAUUCACUGUCUGAAAAAAUAGUAGAUACUAUUGGAAGUGGCAGAUUGAAUGCACCUUUAUCAUCAGUUCAAAUUCAUUUUAUUCAGAAUAUGAUACAAGAAACUCUGGAGGAUUUCAGGGAAGCUUGUCAUCGCGACAUUGUGAAUUUGCAAGUGGAGAUGAUCAAGCAGUUUCAUACACAGUUGAAUGAAAUGCAUGCCUUACUUGAAAGAUACUCUGUAAAUGAAAGUUUAGUAGCUGAAAUUGAGAGAUUACGUGAAGAAAAUAAGAGACUGCAGGCCCACUUCUGACAAGUCCCUCCUCAUGUCAGGGAAAUCAUGGCAUCAUCUGGUCAACACUGAAUUCCUGUAAAUUCAGUAUUUGUUUUACUCAGCAUUAAGGAACUUUUUAAAAAUGGUAGAAAAGGCACUAUGUAACAGAUUAAUUCAUAAAAAAUAUGCACUAAUGUUUUGUAUCAGUGUUUUUAUUGGUAAACUUGAAUUACAUUGGUUGUAUAAAAAUAACAGACAUUGUUAACCAGAAUUUUAGCUGUAUAUGAAGUGCCUUUUUAUUAAGGGGAAACUAAUCAGGAAAUGCAUUUUGAAUAAGAAUUUAUCUACCUUCUGCAUUUCCUGAUAAAUUUAUUACACUUUUCAGAAUUUCAUCUAUUUUUGUGGUGAAGUCUUUCUAAGAGUCAUGUAUUCUUGACUGGAAAACACUCUUAUGUCUGGCCUGACAGGAGGGAUGCUCUUUGCUACUUUUUUCCUAUGUUACUUUGUAAGUGUAGAGUGCAAUUUUAGGAUUUUUUUUGCUAGUCGAGUUGCGUAUUAAUCUGCAUAUUUACAUAAUUUAAUGGCAUGCUGAUUAAUUUAGAGUGAAUAAAGAGAAUUUGGACUUUA